AUGGGCAGCCGCCCGCCGCCGGGGCGGCUGGCGCUGCCCGGGCUUAUGGAGAGUGCGGAUGACGCAGCGGAGGACUUGCAGAGCGUCUCCACGCCGGUGAGGAACGACCCCGUGGAUGAGGCCGAGGAUGUCAAGGACGAGGGCCCCGAGCGGAUGAAGAGCCGGCGCGCCGGCACGGGCAAAAUGGAGAAGUUUUGGGACCCGUUGGUGCAGCGGGUGAACACCCAGAACGAGAAGGAUGUGGAGGAAGUGUUGGUUGAGACCAGAAUCUACGAGAUGAUCGUGUUUGCCUGGCCACUGGAAUACCUGUCCCUGUCCGCCAUCAUUCUCAACGCCAUUGUUAUCGGCCUCGAGACAGACAUCAUGUCCCAACAGCUUUUGACCGACCCGCCCCAUGAGUUCGUGAUUCUGGGCUGGGUCUUCUGUACCUUCUUCACACUGGAGAUGGUUCUGAAGAUUUCUGCAAAUCCAUCACGCUUCUUCACGGGGACCGGCUGGCAGAUGAAUGUAUUCGACUUGGUGCUGGUGGCACUGCAGUGGCUGGACGUCUUGCUGACAGCGCUUGCUGCUGAUGACCAGAAUCAGAACACAACCAACUUCAACGUGAUGCGAGUUAUCAGGAUGGUGCGGCUGGUCCGCAUCGUGCGCAGCUACCGGGUUCUGAGGAUGCUUGGGGAGGUGCGCGCCAUCGUGUGGUCCGUGGGCACUUCCUUCAAGCCCCUGCUGGGCGCCAUGCUUGUGCUGGCUGGAGUGAUUUACCUGAUGGCCGUCUACUUGGUGGACACCUGCAACGCGUACCGCGUGACCUUGGGCUCCGCAGACCCCGGCUUCGAACCCUUGGGGCAGUUCUUCGGCUCCGUGCCGGGAGGUAUGCUGACCUUGUGGCAGGCAAUGACUGGUGGCAUUGACUGGUCUACAGUGAUGAACCCCUUGCUGGCAUACACUUCCCCUCUGGCGGUGAUCAUUUUCCUGUUCUACAUCGCCUUCAGCCUGCUGGCGUUGCUGAACCUGAUCACUGGUGUCUUCGUGGAGAGCGCGGUGAAGCGCGGCAAAGAGGACAAGGACAGCUACCUCGUUCAGUACGUGCGCGGGGUCUUCAAGAAGAUGGAGAAGUCGAACUCGGGCAUCAUCACCUGGGACGACUUCCAGGCCAGCUUGCACUCCAAAGACAUCAAGGAGCUCUUCAAGGCCAUCGACCUGGACAUCUCUGAGGCCCACUGCGUCUUCAAGAUCCUCGACCUGGACGACGACGGCACGUUGGACGCGGACGAGUUUUUGAGCGGCUGCCUGCGGCUCCGGGGCCCGGCCAAGGCUUUGGACGUGUUGGUGCUGAUGCGUGAGAUCCGCACCAUGCAAACUCAGCUCAUGGAGAGGAUGAGCGCAGUGAGGCCGAGCCGCCGGUAG